CAGAACCGCAAGAACAUGGCUGGGCGAAAGGUGAUAGGUCUCUGCCUUGGAGUGGCUUUGCAGGUUCUGCUGGCAGCCGCUGCCCGGGACCAGAUGAGCAUGCUCUGCUCCGACGACGACACUCCGGCAUGCGCCCAGAGUCGGGAAAGUGGGAUGUACUUCCUGUUCGCCAACGAGUGCGACCUGCGAAAGGCCCAGCGCGGAAACCUCUUGAACGGCCCUUUGUAUGACGUGACUCUCCGAUUUUGCUUCCCCAGCUGCGAGUUCGAAUGUGGCCCAAGAUAUCAGCCAGUUUGUGGGAUCAGCUCGCAGAGUGGAGAGCGCAAGACCUUCAGGAGCCGCUGCGAGAUGAUGCGAACCGCUUGUCUCUCCCGAUCGGAUUGGAAGGUGCAGCAGUGGGGGGUGUGUCCUAAGGCCAACACAGUGCCCCUGGACAGUCAGAAGGCACCUGUGCCCGUGCCGUGCACCAGGAUCUAUCGUCCUGUGUGCGCCAUGUAUGCAGGCGUCAAGUCCACCUUCUCCAACGAGUGCCUAGUAAACGCCGAGAACAUCAAGACCCAGAGAAAUUGGCGCAUCGUUUCCGAGGGUCUCUGUGGCGAGGACAGCACCAAGAUGAAGCACAGUCGCCAGCAGAAGCCAAAGACCAAGCCAAAGUCGGAUGCGGAACGCACCAAGCGGAGCCACAAAGGCAGGAGGCUGCCCACUCAGGCGGAAGACUUCCAGAUACCGGAGGAUGCCGUGCAGAUCUACGCCCCCUCCACUUUUCACACGCAGUUCAUCAGCCACACGGGCGCCAUGGAGAAGAGCUACUCCCUGCCCGCCAGAAAGCCCUACGUGGUGGUCCCCCCGAAAUCCAAGGUGCGUCGAAUCCCCGUGAAGUCGUGCGUCUUCGGCAGUGAGCCCGUUUGCGGCAGCUUCAAGGGCCAGACGCGCACCUUUACCAAUGUCUGCGAACUGAUGGAGUACAGCCAGCAAGUCGGAAAUGCAUGGACCAUCUCCCACGACGGUGCUUGUCGUCGCUGUGACAAGCCUUGCCCCACAGUUUAUCAACCCAUUUGUGCCACCCGCAACGGCAUCAAUCACACAAUAAUCAACGAGUGCUAUUUAGAACGAGUUCGCUGCAAGGAUCCCAAAACCAUUUGGAAGGUGUUUCAGAAGGGUGAGUGCCCAAAAACCAGCGGGGAAGCCAAGGGAUUCCCCUCUGAGAUAAGUCGCCCACUGCCUUUGGUGCCACGUGUUUUAUAUGGGAAGAAGACCUCCGCACCACAGACUCGGUCUACCAAAACAGUGCGUAGGAGCACAACCACUAAGGCUCCAUUUACACCGAGCAAGCCUCGUCUGCCAGUGAAGAAAACUUUUAAGGCCACUUCACCGUCCCUGGAAGUUAAUAAUCGCAAAAUUCGCAAAAUAGAACUCGCCACUGCGGGAUUUCCUGGGUACGGCGCAUCAAGUGGCCCCAAUCAGGUCAGCACCGAUGAAGAUGCCUCCUGGUCCUCCAAUGACAACUGGCUGGUGCGAAAGACUCUCGAUAAUGUCAAGGGUUUUUUCGGAAAAAAGCCAACAUCCUUCAAGAAGACGCACAGCCAGAAAUCCCCGUUUUAUUACUGGACUGUCCCACCAAAAGAGACCAGCACCACCAGCACUGUAAGCACGGUUAGCAGAGCAACGAGCCCAACCACAGCGGCACCACCAGCCAAGCCACCAGCCAUUCUGAGCAUGGCGCCCACGGAGCUUUUGAACUUGGAUGUCGAAAAUGCCGCCAGUGCCUAUGAAGACGCUGAGCAUGAGUUGCUGCUGAUGCUGACCACCAAAGAGAGCACCACUUCGUCGUCCACCACACCCGUGCCAAGCACCACUGCGCCGCCCAGCACCAUAGACCCAUCGACCACUGAGGGGCCCACCAGUGCGAAUACUGCCACUUCCUCAGCGGAAACAGCAAGUGAAGACUCCACCUUUGGUUCCGAGGAGACAACUGAUCCGCCGACCACCAGUUUCGGCUCCACCACCACAAUUGCCCCUCCCACACCUUCUUCUACCACCGAAGCCGAGGAGCUGAACAGUCAAACCACUGGCAGCGAGUCGACCACCACCGAGGCCUCCGACGAGGCGGCCACAACCACCCUGAGCUCGGACUACACGGCGGAUGAGUCAUUUUCGGAGUCCAGUGGCCAGACCUCCAUCUACGGGCUCGACAAGAACUCCUUGAUAAUGCGAUUGUUACGCGCUAGAAGUAAUCAAAAUGUCCUCAUCUAGCAACGUAAAUUCCUUUUAAUUCUUUGUUAAGAACUAAGUUUAAGUUGACAACUACACUAGCUUACAAAAAAAAUAGAGAAUUUAAUACUUUUAAAAAAUGGGCUUAUUG